AAGCAAUCAUUUCUCCUUCUCUCUGGCUGCAUUCUUGCAGCCAUUGAGAAAUACUGUGUGAGCUGUGAUUGGUCACAGCUUGUCACAUGGUACAAGGCUGUUGUGAAUAGCCUUGUACCAUGUGACCUCUGUGAUCAUUCACAGAUUUCACACGUAGUAAGCAAUGAUGUCAGAAGUGACAUCUUGCUUACUACUUUGCAUUGAUCACUGAUUGGCCAAUCAGUGAUCACAUGAUCGGGACCUCGUACAGAGGUCCCGUCC